GGCACAGCUGAGACCUCGAGGGAAGGUCCUGGGAAGCGGCUUCUGGGGGAGAGCGCUCGGCUGUUUGGCGAUGGAGCCGCCGCUGGCGCCGCCGCAAGGACCGGUCCGAGUCUCGGCUGCUUCUUCUCCCGCGCUGGCCGCGGGGCAGCCCAGGGUUUUGAGUAGGCCGGAGCCGCCGGGCUCGGGCUCGGGCUGGGAGCGGGUCCGGGAGCUCUUCCGGCGAGACGAGCUAAAUAGGUAUCCUGAAGAAACAGUCAAUAUCAUCAAAGCAACGUUUUGCGGGGGCAUUGUCGGCAUGGUCUAUGGCGGGGUACCCGGUUUUAUAAACGCCAAGAGACGGUACAUUGAGCAGAGCCAAGGAGAGGUUUUCCACAAUCGCUUGGAUGCUGCGCGAACUGCACAUCGUGCAGCAACCAGGGGCUUCAUCCGUUAUGGUUGGCGUUGGGGCUGGAGAGUUGCUGCCUUUGUGGCAAUAUUCAACACAGUGAGCACUGCUAUGUCUGCAUACCGUGAUAAAAACGCCCUCAGUCACUUUGCCGUUGCAGGAGGUUGUACAGGAGCCUUGUUCAGAAUGCACUUGGGCUUGAGAGGUUUGGUUGGCGGGAGCCUUUUUGGGACGUUGUUGGGUGUACCUGCUGGAGCAUUACUGAUGUCAAUGCAAAAAUUUGCUGGCGAAACAUUGAUCGAGAGAAGAAAACGAGAGCAAUGGGAGCUGUAUGAACAGAAGCUGGCAGAAUGGAGGACCAGGCUCAGCGUCACUGAAAACAUCUCAAAGGAAAUGGAUGAUGUACUUCAGGAAGGAGCUUCUCCCAGAUCAUGAGUGAAAACAAAUGUUUUUAGUAUUGCACACUGGAACUCUUAACAAGUGGUGUUAAAAGUUUUUCUUGUGGCCUGUUGCUCAGUACACAAUGGACUCUCUUGAAGAGCUCCUAGGUUUUGUCAGAUAAACCAGGAACAUAGAAAGUUCAGCUUCAGGUGAUGACUAGCUCCCUCUUUAGUUGGGAGAGGAAUAAGCUUGAAUUACUUCUCUGGAUAGAGAAAAUACAAAAUUCACUUUUUGGGGAUAUGCUCUAAGGGAUAACAUGGGUGUAUUCCGAAGGUCUCCAGGGUAAGUUGAUGGGUUGAACGGUGGAGUAAAUCUAAAACAAUAAAGAAAAAUAAUAAUUAUUUUGAA